CCCAUUUCUCACGCGAAACCUAACUCAAGCUAUCAACAUGCGUCGAAUCACACGUCGAAGAGGAGCUUGUCAGGCUUGCAGGUCCAGGAAAGUCCGCUGUGACGGAGCCGACCCGUGUCUUAACUGUGAGCGAAACGGGCAGGCUUGCUACUAUCCUCCAUUAGCUCCUCGACCGAGGAGAACAAGCGCACCGGGAGCGACCAACAGAACUGCCCCCAACAUCCGAAGACUAGGAAUCAACAUCGACCAGAACUGCCCCGUGUACGAUGCUUGGCAACAAAUGCCCUGUGAUACAGCUCUGUUGACACCGAACUCAACAGAGGGAACUACGAGCAAUGGCGGAAAGGUCGAUGGGGAAGACUUCAGCUGUAUGCUCCAGCUGUCGCUCUCGGAAGCCUACCCGGAUUUGGGGCAUGAUGGGCGGUUGAAUUUACUCGAUCUACCAAUACCGGGGGAAGACGAGCUUAUGGAGCUACUGGACACGACGCCAUCUGACUGUAAUUCCAGUGGUGGAUUCAACUUUGACUUCACUACUUCGAACACAGAGCAGUUCCCGCAAUCGCCAGUUGCUGCUCUGCCAUUGCCGAAUGAUGACCAACCACGCACCAGGCCAGAAACGACAAGCCCUCCAGACUACAACACAUUAUUCAACUUUGACGAAGCAACAGAAGUUCCGUCACCUGCUUUCAACCCGAAAGACAAAUUGCCGCCUUCGAAUAAUGGUACUGUGCAAGUCGACUUUUCCGCUGCAAAUGUCUAUGGUCUCCCUGAUUUCAUCUCUCAGGGAGGCAGAGAUAGCCAAAGACAUCAGACGAUCAAGAUUGUAGACGGUCUACGGCGAGUUCUGUGCGAGGGCGCAGUGGCAUCGAGCGAAGAUGGACCACUCGAUAGGACGAAAAGGUUUCCUGAGACCGACAGCGCCCUUUCACGAUACUGCGAUGCAUGCUUUGAGGAUUGCUGCCCAAUUGGCGACUUUAUGACGAAAUCUGCCGUCGAGAGUAUCAUCAAGCAGUCCAGGCAACCUGAGCCCAAUACAUUAGUUUCAGUCUUUGCUGAAGCCAUUGUAGCUGUGGGAUUUCAUACGGCUUGCCUUCGAAAUAGAGAAACUCGAAUCAUUGAGGAGGCCAACGAAGCACAAAAACGCCUUGCAGCAGCUUUGCGGCUGUACAAAGACAUUCAAAACUACCCAAGCACGUUACUAAAAUUUCAGGUCACUCUGGUUAUGGCCGUGAUAGCAUACGUUUGUGAAGAAUCCUUGAUUUGGGAGCAAAUUACUGCGGCAGUGUGUUGUGCGCGUGACCUUCGUCUCGUUCACGCAGCAAGAGGCCAGCAAACCAGCAUGAGCGAUCAAGAUCAGGAGCUGGCUCAACGGGGAGUUUGGUUUCUUUACAGCCUCGAGACCGAUUACGCUAUCCACCAUGGGAUGCUCCCAAUACUGGAUCUGGGCUGGGGAAUCCAGUUUCCAUCGUUCGAUAAAGGAGACGACAUGAUUGCCGUCUCUUACACCUUCUCCGAGCUUCUACACUCUGUACUCAAGUUUCAGUACAGCCCUAGAGCACUGAACAAGUCGGCAUCCGCAUUUGAUC